UUCCCGGCUCUCCUGUUUCAGCCAGUCUGUCUGCCCUCUAGCGUAGUACUCUUCUUUCACUCACCGCUAUUCAUCACCAUCCAGGAUACAUUUACACAAACCCACGCAGGUAGACAGAAGACUGUCCCAGUGGGCUAAAGAGUUUGGCUGAUAAGAUACAGAUAUAUGUACAUUACUUUGGAAAGAGCUAGAAAGUGGGGAUCUGUAGCGGUGCUGUUGAAGCUGAAGUUUCCUCCCCACUACGAUUUUUGUCCAGAAGGAUACCACACGCAGCUGCAGAGGUUGCCAGAUCCAAGAGUAGCAAACACAAGUCGAUGACUGAGAACUCUGCCUCCCAUGAUGGACAAGAAAAGUGCCAACGGUAUUCAGACCAAGGCCAGUGAGGGUGGUGUUCAGAGGAAGCAGCUGCCCUAUUCCGUGGAAACUCCUUAUGGCUUUCACCUGGACCUGGACUUCCUCAAGUAUGUUGACGACAUUGAAAAAGGCAACACCAUCAAAAGGGUCCACAUUCAGCGCAGGGUCAAGGGCCCACCAAAAUUCAGCACUCUGCCCAGAAAUUUUAGCCUCCCUGGGCAUGGGGCCAGGCCGGUCCCUAAGGAAAAGGAAAGCACAUGGUCUGGGACGUCCACCCUUGGGCCCAAACCUAAAUCACGGGUGACAGAGGUCCAACAGAUCUUCGACUUCAGGUCAAGUGAAGGGGGAACCUCCAGCCUGAGCAGCAGGGGGACAACCGGUCAGGGAGCCGGCUUUGUUUCAGUAAAGUCCAGGGAUGAAGCCCCUCGAGAUACUGAAGAGAAAACUGUGGAGACACAAAGUCGCCCAAACCUGCUUCGAGCAUCAAGCAUGCCCAUCACCCUCCAGCAGCGAAAAGGUUCUGACUCAAGCAGUCCAGACCGUGUCGUGGGAACACCGGAGAGUGGAUCGACAGAGAACGUGUUCCGCCCUUCACCGGACAUAACGGAGAGACGGUGUGUUCCUCAGGAUCGGACCGGGCUUCACCAGCAGAUCACAGUAGCACUGAAGAGGGUCAGAGAGCUGGAGGAGCAGGUCAAAACCAUCCCAGAACUAAAGGCUCAGAUCAGCUCACUGAGGGAGGAGAGGGAGAAGCUACUGCUUCAGCUCAAAGCCCAGACCCAAGCCCAGGUUUCCAGAUCAUCCUCUACAACAGCACCGAACUCUGAUUCUACGACACGCACUCAAGGACACAGACCUACAGAAGGGCUCAACCUAGCUCUGAAGACUCAACCCACUGGAAGUUUUGAAGCUUCAGAGCGUGUGCCAACAAAGCUGGUAACAGGGAAAGGCAAACAAAGUGUUACAGAGAAAAGUAAAGUGCUACAGAAAGAUGAGGAGAUAAAUCAGGAAUCUUUGAAGGGUUCCAUAGCACGCGGAGAAACGGUUGGGUUGUCAGAGCAAGAAUCGGAGAAACAAACACAGCCUUCAGAAAAAUCAGACAAACAAAAAGAGACUUUAGAGAGUCCACUGGAGCAUGCAGUGCAAAAACUAUCACGUGACAUUGCAGGACAGGAAUUAACAUCACUUAGGGGGGCUGUAAAAGAAGCAGAGUCUAGCAGUUUUCAAGAUGGUGAUGCAGCAAAAGGAGACAAAGAUGAGGAGCCAGAUGGUGUGCAGAAUCUGCAGGAGAAGCUAAUGAUACUGGAGGCUAAACUUCUUCAGGCUAGUGAAGACCUGGAGAGAACUAAUAAUCUUUUGAAAGAACAAAUAGAUGAGAACAAGUUAAAAGAGGAGAAAAUACUACAACUGAGUGAUGGAAUGAGAGUGGAGGUGUGUACUCCUGAAGCAGUGAGCAGGCCGAGAAGAGAGAGCAUUGACACAGGAACAGUGACAGAGAAAGUAGAUUUUGCCAACCAAGAGACAGAAACAGAAUCACCCGGUACGGUUGAUAAGGGAACAGAUACAGAUAAAAUCUGUAUUGAAGUUUGUGUACCCAAACCAAGGGCUGGAAGUAUAGAUCAAGGAACAGAGACUAAUGAAGCUGAUAAACAUGAACAGGUGCCAGAGAUGGAGGCAGAAGCAGCUGCUGCGAGCCCGCCAAGACCCAGAGCCAACAGCAUGGAGCGGGGCACAGUAACGGAGAGGAUCGCCACUCAGGAUCAGAUGACCGAGACGCCCGUAGCGGCGAGGGUAAACCAAGUCACAGAAACAGAAGGAAACACAGUAACAGACCAUCCGCAGAGGCCGAGGGCCAGCAGUGUAGAGAGGGGGACAGUGACAGAGAGAGUGGACACUGUGGACAGGGUGACAGAGACAGUGGAAGCGCAGAGGACAGACCAGCAGACUGAGACGGAGGUGGAAAGACGACAGGAUAAUAAUCCGGCCAGAGGUACAGAAGCAGAGAGUCAAGCGGGAGAAAGUGCCAUGAGUGAAAGUGUAGAGGAUGUGGGUGCAGUGGUCAGUGAGGGAGGGGAAGAUAAGGAAGCAAGUGAAAGAAUUCAAAGAGACAGUGAAGAUGUGGUUGUGAAAGUUGUCACAGAGAGUUCAAUUACAGAUAAAGAAGGCAAAGUUGAACAAGCUGUGGUUUCAGCUGUUGUAAGCCAAGAUGAAGGCAGUGCCAGUCCACUUGUUGCAGCAGAAGAAAAAACAGAAUCCAAGAUAAUGACAGUUACGGUAAAGGAUGACACAGAAACAAAAGAAACUGAACCCCCAAAGAGUGAAGUAACAGUAACUGUUGAAACAAAGCAGACUGCACUGGAGACUGUAGAGAAGAAACAAACAGAAGAAGGUUUAAUCGUGUGUACAACAGUCAAAGAAACUGUGGUCACCGACACAGUUGUAGUAGUAGCAGCAGCAGAGAGUGCAGCUGUGAAGACAGUAGCUCCUGUACGACCCCAGAGAGGCCGGAAACUCUCAGCAGAGCAGGCACAGCCAUCAGCUCCUCAACUUCAGGCUGCACCUGUGCGACCUCGCAGGGGAUCCAGUGAAACGCAGGCCCAGCAGUCACAACCCCAGGCAAAAACCCAGCCCCAGGUGCAGGUACAGGAUCCACCUCAGGUUGAGGCCCAAACCCCAACACAGCUCCCUGAACCACACGUAAAACAUCAAGCCUCAUCUCCAUCUCAGGUUGAGGACCUCACCCUAGCAAAGAGUCCUCUGGCAGAGUCUAGUGAGAAGCUAUCUCAACCUCAGGCUGAGACCAAGGGCCCUCCUCCAGCCUCCAGCGAAGUCCGAACUCGGCCCAAAUCAAUCCAAGCACAAACUACUGCAACUCGACGUAACUCCAAAGAGCUUAAAGCAACACAGAGGGGUUCCAGUGUAUCUCAACCUCCUAGGCGUGGAUCAGGAGAAUCCCAGACCCGAUCUACUCGCCAGGGGUCAUGUGACGCCCAAGCUCAGCCUCAGGGUUCCCGUAGAAGCUCCAGUGAGACUCAACCUCCUCAAAAAGAUGGCAGUGAGACACAAUCACUGCGCAGAGGCUCUGGGGAAGCACCUCAGCGUCGGGGUUCAAGUGAAGCCCAGGCCACACGACGGGAGUCUGGCGAGGCCCAGCCUCCUCGCAGAGGCUCCAGUGAGUCACCAACGUCGCCUGCGGCUUUGGGCCAAGUCGUAACCCGGUUAACAGGGCUUCUGGGCGAGCAGUGGGCACAGCUGGGUAGUGGCUCGGGAACUCAACAGACGGCCAGCCAGCAGGAAAGCCCCAGCACACAGAAACAGACGGCAGGGAAAAGAGCAGAGGCAGGAAAAGGAGCAUCAGCCAAGCCUGCAGGGAAGGCGGUCCCUGCAGCAACGACAGGGAAACCAGCAGGGAAGCCUGGUCCUUCCAAAAUGAGCUCGAUUCAAAGUCAACUGGUCAGCUCUCUUAGUGUCCUCUCUGCCUUCUACUCACCAGCCCAGAAAGCUGCUGCUGCCAGCAAACAGCAAGAACAAGGUCUCAAAUCUAUUAUGAAGAAAAAUGGUGUUGCUGACAAGCAGGGGAACAAGGGAGCCAAGAAAAACCUGAAGUUUGUUGGGGUGAAUGGAGGCUAUGAGUCGACAUCCAGCGAAGAGUCGAGUGGAGACGAGAAGUCAAAAGUGGAGGUGGAGGAGGAAGACAGCUCAGAACCAGAGGUAGAGAAGGAAAAGGAAAAGGAAAAGGAGACAGAGACUGAGACGCAGCCUCAGCCAGCAGAGAAGCUUGAGGAGGGAGCAGAGACCCAGGAGAAGGAGGCAGAGGUCGCUGCUGAGGGAGGAGGUGCUACGGCUGCAGAGAAGGAGGGUGAAAGAGGCCUGCUGGAUCCUGAAGGCAGCCAGGAGCUCCUGGAUGAACUGGCUGAAGGUGGGAAAGUUGACCAGGGGUUUAUAGACGCCUGCAUCUAUGUAAAAGACCGCAUGGAAGAGGUUUCAUCCCCAGAUAAAGAAAUGCGUCAGGUUUUAGUGGUGCUCUACCAGGAGUGGUUCAAGAUCUCCAGCCAGAAAGAAUCGCAGGCCGAUACAGUCACAUUAUACCUGCGACGAGUAGGUUUAACCACACCCACUCUCCUGCCAUACGUAGUUAAUCUGACCGAUGGCAAUGGGAACAUGGCCCUCCACUACAGUGUGUCGCAUUCAAACUUCCCUGUGGUCAAACUGCUGCUGGAUACAGGUUUAUGUGAGACAGACAAUGUGAACAAGGCCGGCUACACUCCAGUUAUGCUCGCUGCACUCACGGCUGCUGAGAGCCCCGAUGACCUGGAGGUGGCACAACAACUGCUUAAACUCGGUGACGUCAAUGCAUGCUCCAGACAGGCGGGCCAGACGGCACUCAUGCUUGCGGUGAGCCACGGCCGCGUUGCCAUGGUGAAGCUGCUCCUGAGCUGCGGUGCCGAUGUAAAUGCCCAGGACCGCGAGGGCUCCACGGCCCUGAUGUGUGCGAGCGAACACGGACACACAAACAUUGUUCGUAUGCUGCUGGAGACGGGUCGCUGUGACGUCAGCCUCAAAGACAAGAACGGACAGACAGCACUGCAGGUAGCAGAGGGAGCCUCACACCAAGACAUAAUCGACCUUGUGAAGGCCCACGCUGAGCCCUCUGAGCCCUCUGAGCCCUCGUCUACCGCAGACCUCCUCUGAGCCAGAUCGACCCCGUUUACGUCUGCAAACUGCUCCAGCUCGCCGACCCCAGACCUUUCAAUUUCCAAGAUCCUCUGCCAACCAAUGAAGAGGGCAAAGCUUGAAUUAACGACAUGAAUGACACCAAUCAACACUCUGUGACCAGUGGAAAAAGCUCUGUUUACUGUGGAACUACAUAUAAACCUGACUGCGUCCAGCAAUGUACGUCCACAUUUUUCUUUUGUCACGUCUCUGCCAACAUGCCCUGUGGCUGUUUAUGGAUAUGCUGCAUCAACCACUCAGUGGAUAACAACAACAAACAGGCCCCGGUCGGAUUGAUGAUGAGACGUUGCCAUAGUGACAACUGUGAUUGACAGGAAAAUAUGUAGUGGACAGAAGUGGAUGAAGAGACACUCUGACAAACUGCUGCUUCUUAUCAUCUACUAGCUCUUUAAGCAAAAUACUAAGCACAUGAUCUACCUUUCAAAUAUAUUAAAUAUGACAUUAUUUCUAUUUUUUUUUCCUUCAUGACAUUGGCAUCAUUCUUUUCAUAUUUGGACAUAAGCCAUUAUUGAGAACAUAGUAUAUGUAGAAUGUUAUUAUAACAGAUUAUAACCCUAAACAAACACAGAAACUGUAUUUUCUACUGCACUUUUUUAUUGUGUAUGUGUACAGUAAAUAGUCCGCUCUAAUAUCAGUGUCCAGAGGAAACUAUAUAUCUCCAAAAAUAAUAGAAUAGAACUUCUAGUGAAAUUUUCCAUCAUUCAGUGGAUAUUUGACAAUAUUUAAUGUAUUGUUUUUGCCAUAGUAAUGGUGUUUUUCAUAUAUGGGUGAUCGUCAUCUGUGACUUAUUGAAGAACAAAUGGUUCAGUUGGAGAUAAAAUGGUUCUGUUGGACACAAAAGAAAUGAUUUUUAUAACCACAGUUUAACCAGAUUAAAGAAGUCUUCUGAUAAGAAGAUUGUGCUGUUCAGAAGGUGCUGCAUGCCAAUACACAUUUACUCCCCCUACUGGCUGUCUUAUAGUACUAAACAACAGUAUGUUGUAAUACUGUCUGUUCUCAUGAUAAACAUCUCUCCCCGUCUUCAUCCCUCAGUUCAAAUAUAACAUACGUCUUGUUCGCCUGCUCGUUUCAAAUCAAAUCCUGUAUGCAACUGCUACAAAAUGCACAAUGAAUGUCAGGCUGGCUGUGAUACAUUCCAAGAAAACUAUGUAGCAAGUCUAACUAUACCGGCAUGGAUCCUGGGACUAACAGAGACAUACUGUCAGUGGGUAUGGCAGACAUCGUAGGAAAGAGUCUGGAUUACAAAGAUCUGAUCUGCCUGUCUUCAAGUUACUAACACUGGUUCACUCUGUUCCAGCCUCAAAGCAGUCAUAGAUUAAAAAAAAAAAAAAAAGGUAAAAGAUGUUAAAACCAAAAGAAAUGGGUUGUUUAUGACUUGCAGUCCAAAAAGAAGCAAUAUCAGUGAAAUACUACCUUUUCAAAUCAGGAGCGAGGUAGAGGGAGGGCUGUGGUCUAGCCUUAAAUCAGAUGACCAUCCUACAUUUUAGAGAUAAGAUGUGUUCCAGGGAGUGUGGUCUUCUUCUUCUAUUCUCUACAAACUUACACCCAUAUUCCUAAAGUAUCUAAAAACAGGAGUACUGGACUGAUGAAAUGUUUACAACAUAACAGCUCCCCUACAGUGACCCCUGCAGAAACCCCCCAAGUGUGCAGCAGCUUACAGGGAGCAACCAUAAUUAUAAUAAUUACUGAUAAUUCUACCAGGAAACAGACAUCAGAAGGAGUGUUUGCCUUUUAUUGUGUUUUAAAACUACUCCACUUCCUACAAUGCAAUGAGUGGCAUCAUUUUACCUGGUAAAUGUUCACAUCUUUUAAAUUCUGUAGAAGCCCAGUUUGUAACACAGGCUUUCUGUUAUAAACGUAUUGUCUCUAAAACAAAAAUUAUCCUGAGGCCUUUGAACUACUGUAAAAAGUUACGACUAGGACAGCACUGUCAUUUCACUUUUUAUAAUUUGCACAUGGACGUUUUGGACAAGACGCCCUUCUUCAUUGUGUAUUCUGGCACUUUCACAAAUAAUACACACAGGUGUGGUUAUAUUAUAGAUGACAACAGCCAGUACAACUAGUUCAGCCCAACGAGGGGAACCAUUACCUUAUUUGAUACACUUCUAUGAUACCUUAAUUCCUUCUAAGCUGAUUUUAUUUGCUUGUUUCUUAUAAUGGGGAUAUCAUUUGUGUUGUUUUUUUUUAGCAUCUUAUAUCAUGAGACUUUGUGCCUAGAAAGGUUAUAGUAACCCCUGUUGGGAUAUAGUCCUACCUGUGCUGGUUGUAGUCAUCUAUAACUAAGCAAAACUGUGUAUAUUUAUUGUGAAUGUGCCAAAAUGUAAACGUACUAAGGCUGUUGCCCAAAACAUGCAUGUAGCAAUGUUAAAAAGUCAAAUUAGAGUGCUGUCCUAGUUUUUCCUUUUUCACCAUCUAUAUUACAGAUCCAACACCCAGUCUACAAGGUCUAAUUGUGAGCUGAGCACACUAAGCCUCUUGCAGAAACAUUUUCAUAUUCUUAACUCACAUUUCUCUUGCUUUAUAAUUUAUACACAAGUACUGAAUUAAAAAAACAGGUCUGAACCACUUGUGUUUGUGCUAAACAGAAAAUAAAUAAAUAAAAAUACAAGAAAAUUGGUAAUUGUGGCUCGUUCUCCUACAACCCUUUUCCCCAAAAAAGUUGGGAUGCUGUUUAAAAGGGAAAUAAAAACAGAAUGCAUCAACAUGAGGGUACAUAUUUACACUUUGAACAUUAAAUCUGUACUAUAUUCAAUCGAACAUAGGUCAAAAAGGGAUUUGCAAAUACUUGUAUUCUGUUUUUUAUUCUGUUUUUAACAGUAUACAUCAACUUUUUUGGAAUCAGUUUUGUAAAUCACCUGUACAAGUGUUUCUCUUCCUGUUGGACUUUGGGGUUUUCUGGGGUUGCUGAAGGUGGAAUUUAAAGGGGAAUACCACUCAUUUUAACAACUGCCAUAUCUGUGGUCUAUGACGAUCCCGCUGAUAAAUCUGGGGAGUCUUCACUAUGUGUCUGAUUUACAAAUUAGCUAUCUUAGCUAUUACUUUGAAAAAAAAUAGAUACCAAAUUUAUCUGUUUGCUUCAGUCACAAAAAUAUAUACUUAUGGCUACAGUAUGUAGUGCUGACAAACAAUUUUUUUCUGAGCACUGAUGCUGCACCAGUACUCAUUCCCAUACACUUUAUUAAUAUGGGUGCUAACACAGGACUCUGUAGACAUGAAGAUAGACCUCUUAUAUAAAGUAUCUUGAUUAUAUAUUAGUAUACACGGUGGCUGAAUUUACUCAGCAACAAUGGGAGUUUUUAACAGUGGCUUCAUAAUCAGAUCAUCAUUUGUUGAGUCACAAAGUAGCACAGAUUUUCUCAACAAUGAGGCUGCAUUUACACAGGAUCACAGAGAAUUUAUUUUAACUCAGUGCAGCACAUCUGAUCAUUAUUGGCCGUCUGUAUAUAUGAAGGGAUGGAAAUGAAUAGUGUGUGUGUAGCUUCCCUCGUGUCAGACAGCUAAUGGAUGAUCCGAUCUGUGCUGCGUGAGAUAUCUGGUAUAUCUGGUCUUCCGUGCCUGUGUAUUAAGUCUUAAAGUUAAUCACGUCCAUAUGUUUAAUCCAGUGUGACCCAGAUGUAAUAUGGUUUGGCCAAACACCAAAGAAAUGAAAUGAAAUCUGUUUCACAUGGGGUUAAAUAUAUAGUUUUAUCUGUUCCUGUAAUUCUACCCAAAUACAUGUACAUACAGUAUUGUGAAAAUAUAUAACAAGUAUUGUCUGAAAGUUUGCUCUAAAAAUGAUACAAGUAUUUAUUCCAAAUGCUAUAUUUUUUACCAUAUAUAGUAUACUUAUGUAUGCAUGGACAAAUAUUCCAGUGAUUCUGUUGGAGGGGAAUUUAGAAUGUGUGGAAAUUAUGCUGCGUGUUCCCUGAUGAUGUGAUUAUUCAUCUUAUCUUUGACUGGUCGGGGGGUAUAGUACAUGUGUGAUGUUGACAAGGUUGUGGACUGUGUCUGUGCCCAUUAAUGCGAUAUUUGUGGGGAAAAUGUGAAGCAGAUUCGACACUGGCUGAAGCUAAACUGGCGACGUCUCCCUCAUUUGGAUACCCAUCUGAAAAUUAAAGUCUAUGUACUACAUGACAGAGUCCAACGUAAAAACCUGUACCUCUCUGUAAUAUUCCUUGUACAACGGACUUAUAUGUUGCAAACCAGAGAACUACUUCUAAAUAAAUAAAUAUGAAGAUUUAAAACUUA